CACACUCCGACUCACACACACACACUCACACACACACACACACACUCACACUCACACACCGCAGUCUGGGCGUCGCCUCACUAUAAAUUCAUUGCUUGACUUUUUCCAAACUUCUGUACCUUCCCACCUCCUCUUGAGAGACCACGUCCCAGCUCUGCACGCCUAAAGACCCUUCAGAAACCAUGCCUUCCGAACUGGAAACCGCGAUGGAGUCACUCAUCAAAGUGUUCCACCGUUACGCCUCAAAGGAAAAAAACACCACCACACUGAACCGGCGAGAGCUCAGAGAGUUGAUGGAAAACGAGCUGUCCAACUUCCUCAAGAGUCAGAAGGACCCGGCUGCCGUCGACAAGAUCAUGAAGGACCUGGACACCAACGGAGACGGCCAGGUGGACUUUGAGGAGUUUGUGUCUCUGGUUGUCGGACUUUCCAUCGCCUGUGAGCAGUGCUACCAGUCGCACAUGUGCAAGAAGACCAAGAAGUAAAAGGGGCGAGAGGAGAAGAAGCCACAAAGAGCAUUUCAAGUUGUGUAAAGAUAGUUUUGUCCAUUAAAUGUGCUGAAGAAUUUCAA